AAUUGUGUUUGGCCAUUUGCAUUUUAAAUACACUUGUCCGGAAAAAAUUGGAGCUCUAGCUGCUCAGAUGACAGAGAUAUCAAGCAUAAAGAGUCUAAUAGAAAAAAAUUAUAUAGGUGAUUAGGUUGACACUAGAUCCGCACUAUGGGAUUCGUGCAGGAAGUCCAAUUACGAUGUCGUAAUGUAUGCUAUGUCACAAUUACCCAAUCAAUUAGGUUAACAUUAUGAUUAAGUUGCUUAAAAACUUUGUCAUUUUGAAUUUGUUUCACGAUAUCUUUUCACAUCAUAAAUUCCUCAUAUUACAACAUGUUAAAAUGGAGUUUCUAGCUUGUUGCCUUGUUCGCAAACACAAGUAUAAUCGAUUCAAUGUUGAUUGGGUGUCACCUUUAAAAAUCUAAGUUUAGAUUCAGCAUGAUCUUCAAAUGAGUAGUUACAAUAUAAUGUGACUGAACCACUUUCAUUGCCAGCUUGUGCUUUGACAGUCACACAACAUCGGUUCAUUGAUCACAAUUUUUUAAAUUACUGAAUUGUAUUUAACACUUGAAUAAAAGAUAGUAAUGACAUAAGUGUUAUUACUUUUUUGCGUUUAUUUGAAAUUGAAUCUCUAACCCAAAAUCUUGUUAGGAGAUCCAUGGCUGCAUUCCAGGAUGACAAUUACGCUGCUGAUGAAUUAGCGGAUGACAUUGACUCCAGAAAGAUCAUAGUUAGACUUCUUGAUGAAAAUACCACUCGAGAUACUAUCCAAGGAUACUUUUCUGCAUUCGGAGCUAUUAGUGAUGUUGAUCUCAAAAUUGAUGAGGGAGGCAAAUCGCGUGGGUUUUGCUUCAUCACCUUCAAUGAUGGCGCUGUUAUAGACAAGCUUGUCGAGCAGACCCACAUUAUUGACACCAAAGAGGUUGUUGUUGCCCGUGCUAUUCCUUACAAAGAUCGCACCAAAACCAACAAGCUCUUUGUUGGAGGGCUUCCUGAAUCUUUGUCUGAAGAAGAGAUUUCUGAGUUCUUCGAUCAGUUUGGCACUAUUGAGAAGAUUGAAACGGUGAUUGACCAGGACACUCAGCGCCGUAAGCAUUUCUGCUUCAUUGUAUUUACAAGCACUGAAGCUGUAGAGAAAGCAGUCAAUGGAAAGAAUCCUCCUCGCAGUGUGGUACACAAAAUAGGAAAGUUCAGACUGGAAUGUAGAAAGAAAUUCCCUGAGGGCCACCCCAUCCAGAAAAAGUUCAAAGAGAUGAGGAAACAGCAGAUGGAAAUCUACCCUGGACCAAGCCUUGACACCUUUGGUUACAGCUAUUAUGGCUACAGCAGCUAUGGGUACCCCACAACCUUCCAACCUUCCUACCCCCACACCUUUGGUUACGGAGGUCCUCUUCGUCCCAACAGUCAAAGAGGUGCCUUCGGAUACCGUCCUUAUUGAUCGAAUGAAUGACAAGGUGGCCAGUGAUGAUCGCUUUGGUAGCUGCAGGAUAGCACAAAUUGUCGUCAAGUUUAUUUUUUGCAAUUGAACUUGAAGGGGAUGCUGCGCACAGCAGUCAGUUUGUCAGUGUUUGCCCCAUGGACUCUCACCCCAUGGGCUUAGAUUGUUUGUUGAAAAGAAUGAUUUGAUGGAGGAUUUGGAGAAAAUAUUCAGGCAAAAAGUCGAUACUGCAACUGGUCUACAUUUGCCCGAAUUCCAGCACGGUUUUCGAGGUGAAUCAAGAAAGUUCCUGUAUUGGUAAUGUUGCUCUGGCUUGUAGCGGUUAGUAACGUUGUGGUUUGACAGAUUUAGAUAUUUAGCUACAAUUUCACAAGGUACAUAUUUACAAAGUUGAGCUAUGAGCUACAUGUUGUACAUGCAACAUUUAUUUAUCUUGCAAAGUAGUUCCAAAAUUCUUCAUCAAGUGACUAUUCCGAACAGAGGUUUUUGAAAGUUUGUUGUAGAAUUUCAUGGAAGCAUGUUGGGGAUAGCUCUAAGUUGUUAGUUUGAGAAAAUUUCAUCGCUUAUAAAGUUAAUUCAUAUGAUCAAAGUUUACAUCUUGUCUUGUGUUGCAAGAAUUGAUAAUUCAAGCAUAUCAUUUGCUAAUACUGCUCUGCUAAAUACUGCUCUGCUAAAUACUGCUCUGCAUUCCAUGUUCAGCCUGAAAAUUUCAAUUAGUUAAAGCUCUUCCUCAAGUGCAAACUCUAUUGCAAUUCUGACAGUUAUGAUUUUGUUGAAUGUUAUAAAUACGGAGUACGCCUGUAGUUAACGCAUUUCUAGACCUAUUUUCCUGAGUUUGUUACUUUUUAGUUCUUUAUAUUAUAGACUGUAUUUUUAGUUUUUUGUCUAUUAUAUUAUUAUAAGGAGAUGGAGGUUAACCGUUCGUAAAUACAUACGCCAAGACACAGAGCAGAACUACUAUACUAGUCUACAUUUUGUUCUUGAUUUCCACCGGGACUUUUAAAAUUUAGUUAUUAUUUAGUUAGAAUUAUUCCUUCUGAAUCUUAUAACAAAGUCGUGGACAGCUAUUUUAAUUAUUUAUACUUACAGUGUUGUUAUGUGGUGUCAAAUUGAUAACAGUACAUUGUUGUUGCGCUUGUGAGUCGUCUGCGGCUCUCAACCUCACAGCACAAUAUGUAGUGAGCUUGUAUAAUUCCAUAACUCUUCUCACUACUAGUUUGUUUUUAUAUAAUAAGUUAGGUUCUAAAUUAUUAAUGCGUCAGAUCUUAUUCCAGCUGUCAUAUUGAUAGGAGGGAAAAUUACUUAAUCUGCCCUAAUUGGUUUGUGUGCACAAAGUGCAUAUUAUCUGGGAACUUUUAUAUAAUUAGUUAAUUUAUUAAUUAAUUAUAUCGGAAAAAGGUCGCAAAUUACCCCAGGAUAUAGUCAACCUCUAGGACGAGACAUCGUUAGUUUGACUAGGGUGGCUAGCCACGUAUAGUUAGGGCAGAUAUGUAUGCUCUGCGUUAAAAGUUAUUGCAGUUGCUAUGUUGUGCAUGUCACACGGUGAUGUUUACAUUCGGAGACUUGCUUUAUUGUUUGAUGGAAUGGAACUGUGAAAGUUGCCCUUAUGCCUUAUUUUUGAGGACGAAAUUUGUAUGAUUUCAAAUUAUUUUGAUGAUAUGUUGAUUUAAUGUAUUUGGUACCCAAAUUUGGGCCACUAUCCGCAUCAUCACAUCGAUUCCUUAUCAUGUCCAUGGUUGGUUAUGUAGUAAAUAUCUUAAACUCUACGAGGCAAUAGGGCAAAGUUUAGAAAUCGGUUGAUUGAUAAGCUAUGGAUACUUAUUGUUAUAUUAAUUUGAAUAAGCUACACAUGUCACUUUCAAUGGGUGCUUCAAUUUCAAAAUGUGAUAUUUAAACUUGAGCAAAUCUCUGGCAGGUAUCUUUGACUCAUUUUGAGCCAUCAUGCCGCCUCAUAUGUUGGAUAACUCCUGCCUAAUUUGUUUUUAAAUUGCAGGAACGGAGUUGUAAACUUUAUAAUUUUAUAUGUUUGGAUUACAAACACAGUGGAUUUUCGAAUGGGAAGGAGAAUGUACAGUUCCGAGAGUAAAGCUAAUUUAUUGGAUUUAUAAAGUAUAAUUUACUCUAUUAUAACUUAUUUGUAGACUACAUGGAGUUGAUAAGAUCUAUCAUUUCGAUCGAUAUAUUAAGGAUUUCGAUAAUAGUCCACUUCUACUUUACUCAUUGAAGGCUCCAGCAAGCUCGUUUACAAGUGCUUGCUGUUUUUAAAGCAUAUAAUUUUGGUUGAUUUGAGAUUGGUGAAAUUCAUGUCCAACAUGUUAAUCGCUUUGACAUUGCAUUGCAUUACGUUUUGCUUGAGAUAUGGUCACAUUGACCAGGACAGUUGACAUGAAGUGUCAUGGUCCCCACGUCUUCAGGUUUAAUUCAGCAAUCAGCUUAGAUAUUAACGAUCAACAACUAUUCUAAAAGACAAUUUGAUUUAAUUGUUAUGUUAUAACGUAGCGGAUGUUAGUUUAAAUGUAUGCUUUUGAAGGUUAUUAAAUUAUUAAGUGGGAAUAAUCUAUCAAAAUAAUUAAGCUGUCAUCCGAUAAGUGCUGCUAUGUACACUUAACAAUAAUAACUUUUUUCAUGUAGCGUGGAAGGGCUAACAUUUUGUAUAUUUACUGAAUGGAUUAUUUUGCUGAUGGAUUUUGUGUGGAUCUGUAAAGAAUUAUGGCCUGAAGGCACUUCUUUUA